AAACUUUUGUUUUGGAACUCGAGCUCGUGACCGGAUGUAGCUGAAUCUACGGUGGCGACGUUCGCGUUACUUUAUUUAUUUAUUAAUCUAAAAGUAGUCAUAUCAUUGUACAAAACCGUAUUCCGAAUCAUCGUUAUUAUUAUUAUUAUUAUUAUUAUUAUUAUUGAUUUUAUUAUCUAUUCCUCUAUAGUGGGAACAUUUACACUUUCAGUUUGUAGGCUGACAUACUAAGUGCUGACUUAUGUAUCAGGGAGUCUUUAAUUUUAUUUUAAACAAUUAUUCUCAGGAAUAAUAUGGAUUCACGUGUACUUGAUAUAAUACGUGGUGUGUUUUUGUUAGUUUUGGUGAAUGUCAGGUGCUGUUUUAAUUUAUUUAAUUCGUAUCCAUACGUGCUCAUCACGGGCAGUGUUGUGUGCGAAUCUGUGUCUUGUUGUUAUGUAUUUCUGAGACAGUAAUUAAGAAGAAGAAAAUGCAUUUCAUAUAUAUAUAAUGUAUGUACACUAUGUACAAUAACAGACCUAUGUAGCACAUAUAGGUGCCACACUGUUUUGCCCUAAACAUAUAAUUAGGAGUCGUUGUGUUUUGAGUCCCUGUGUCCCAGACACAGGCGCUGUGUGAGGUCAGUGCUGGCGGAGGACCAACUGAGAGACACUUCAGCACUUAUCCUCAUUUGAAGUUACUGAGAUCUUAAUUGAUCCUAUGAGUGGCAUUGUAUCGACUGCACCACUUUAUCAAGUUGACAGUAAUACCGAAAUCCGCGCACAGCAUGCUACGAAAGGAGAGAUCCUGCUGUUACCAAGAGUUCAAUGAGGAUGGUUGUGCACGAGAGUCUGCAACCUACCAGCACAAUGAAGAUGCUGCCCAGGAUGAAGAUGAAGACACGUGUGAUGUCUUACCAGAUGUGGAUGUGAUGGACAACAGUCCACACCCUACUGCCUUCAACAAAGCUUGUUUAAAAAAUGUCUUCACAGUCAUUCUUGUCCUCAUCUACCUUAUGCUAACAACAGUGGCCGCAUUUUUGGCCUAUCAAACCAUUUCUGACUUCUUGGAGAAACUAAAUCAUCCUGUAAUGUCUGUGUCAUACAAAGAGGUUGAGGAGUUUGCUCCCCCAGGAAUUGCACUUUACCCAGGGAAUGCUCAGUUAUUAAGCUGUCGGCACCACUACCACGAUCAUAUUCCCCCUCGCUUAAUGGCGGGUCAGAUGCACAACAGUGACUGUGUAAUACAGGAAGUUAUUUAUAAUGACCCAUAUGCAAACAAUACAAAAAAAGCCCUCGUGGUUGAAGGUCCAACAGACGUCAGGAACAGAGAGCUCAUAUUUCUACAGUUCAGUCAGAACGAAACCGAAGAGGACUUCAGUGCCAUCAGUUACAUGCUGUUUGCCCAGUUCGGCGAUAUGGUUAAUAGCUCAAAUAAAGCUGAAUUCAUGAGGGACUGUGAAAAGAACUACUCAAUGUGGACUUUCUCUGGUGGCUUUCGUACCUGGGUCAAAAUAUCUUUGGUUCGGACAUCUGGGCAAGGAAACGAAACUGUUGAAUUCAGGCAAGAGUCUAGUGUGGUGAAGUACAUUGACAGAAGGCCUAUAGAAAAGCAAACUGAUGAGCUUUUCUUUAUUGUGUUUCAAUGGCGAGAUCCAUUUAUACAACAAGUCAAAGAUAUUGUUACAGCAAACCCAUGGAACACCAUAGCCAUUCUGUGUGGAGUCUUGAUGGCUCUUUUUAAAGCUGCCAACUUUGCCAAGUUGAGCAUUAAGUGGAUGAUCAAAAUUCGCAAAAGACACCUAAGAGCAAAAAUUAAGGAAAUGAACCAAAUCAGCUGAGGGACAAUUAAGAGUUGUCUGUUGUCCAACAUUCACUAUUCACUGUCAGUGUUUACCAAAAGGAUUUUAAAGAGGUUUUUAUUUUUAUAACUAAUUUCACCACAACAGUGAAUCAUUAUUUUUGUACUGAAUCAUUAUUUUAUUACUUGAUAUUUCAGAAUGACUACUGACAUUAUGUUGAAUAUUCAUAGUAAUGUUCUUACUACAAAGGGCUGGAUGGGAAUUUAUCAAACUGGCUUUGACCAUGUAGACAACCUUCUGCAAAAUUUUUCUCUAGGGUUUUUUUUUUCUGAGAAACAUUAAUGGAAGAUGCUGUGUCAUCUUGUUUCAGUUGUUUAUGCAGCAAACCUGACAUGGAUUUAGGGCUUGAUCACUGAAAGCAAAGAACCUGUUUUGUGUGUGUGUGUGUGUGUGUGUGUGUGUUAAUGUUUCAGUGCUCACUGUUAUUUGUGACAGAAGCCAGCUGCAAAUUAAUUUGAAAUGUGCUCGGUGAGCUGCUAGAUUUUAAACAGUCAGAAUGGAAAACCAUGUAUAAAGUUUUCUUGUAUUAUGUUUAUGUUAUGAUUUAUUAUUUUUGUACCUUUGAGUGACUCAGUUUUAAAAUGGGAAACAUCCUUUAGCUGACAUGUUUUGACAAGUCUAUUGUAGUGUAAUUUACAAUGUAUACUAGUGUUUUUGUUUUUCCUAUUUCUGUCCUAUUUGGUCAGUAACUUAAAGAGCACUUAUGUGAUUCCAUGUAAUAGGCCAUUUGCAGGACUUGGUCAUGUGUCAAUUUUCCCCAUAGCAACAAGCCUGUGGUGGGCAAGCUAAUUUGACAUUCCUUGACAACCAUAAGAGUUUGACUGGCAAUGCGAAGCAAUCCAUUUCUAUAAUAGCUGUUUUCACAUUUUCUACUGUCUUUUUUGACCUGAAUUUUCGUGUGUACUUGGAAAAAGUUUGCGGUUUUAACUUCUGUCGUAAGUUAAAGCGAAUCAUGAUGCGAAUAAAUCUGCUUCUUAUCGGCUAAAAACACAUCUACAGAUAUGACUGUAUUUAUUUUCAAGAAUCUUCACACAUUAAGCGAAUUAUAAAGGUAGAAAAGGAGAAAUUAUAAGUUAUAAACAUACUUGGGUGGCACGGUGGUGUAGUGGUUAGCGCUGUCGCCUCACAGCAAGAAGGUCCGGGUUCGAGCCCCGUGGCCGGCGAGGGCCUUUCUGUGUGGAGUUUGCAUGUUCUCCCCGUGUCCGCGUGGGUUUCCUCCGGGUGCGCCGGUUUCCCCCACAGUCCAAAGACAUGCAGGUUAGGUUAACUGGUGACUCUAAAUUGACCGUAGGUGUGAAUGGUUGUCUGUGUCUAUGUGUCAGCCCUGUGAUGACCUGGCGACUUGUCCAGGGUGUACCCCGCCUUUCACCCGUAGUCAGCUGGGAUAGGCUCCAGCUUGCCUGCAACCCUGUAGAAGGAUAAAGUGGCUAGAGAUAAUGAGAUGAGAUAAACAUACCUUAGAAAUCCGCCAUUUCGCACCUGAAUUUCUUUCGGCUGCGACCAACUUGAGUCCAAAAAACUCUUUUACGGCCAAUGAUUCGCUUUAACUUACGACA